GUGCCACCAGUACAUCCGGGACCUUCUCGAGUAGGUAAUGGUGCCGUAUAUACUAUCUUGCGCACGGGGAAACGUGGAUGUUCAACUUACAGACGGCAGGGAUAAGAAGGAAAAAGGAAACCGGAAAACUCUCCGAACUUCUCUCCCGUUGGCAGUAUUGGCUGGCGCCAACACUUUCGAGCUCUUCCGGGAUCGGGGCGAGAAAACCCUCCAUUACUUGCCGAGUUCCUGUCCAUCUUGCCGCCGAGUUCCCGUCCAUCUUGCCGCCGCCGUGCGGUACAAGCUCACGCCUUCACGGCCAGGCCAUGUUGUGGUAUUCGGCCCGGGUGGCUUCUACUUGUGCUCUUGUCUGAAGCUUUUGCGCCACGGCCUACCACGUAGGCACUACUUUGCCGUGCUAGUUCGCUUCAUCGGCGGGAAGUACGAGGGAGUCCUGCUUUACCACGAGUUCGACGGCAGCAGCGUGCGCGCACGCUGGUGCCAAUCACCAGACGGCAGCGACGCGCCCUGGACCGUCUCCAGAGUGUUGGAAGGGGCAGGGCACGGUGACGACUGGGAUGGAUAUCGACCACGGCCAAGACGACAACUUCUGGGGACCGACGCUGAACUGGACAAGUGGGUGAGGUUCCAGCUUGCCGAAGCUACCGGCGAGAACAAGAGCGGUAAUUCAGCGCAGGUAAAAGCGAAAGGGAGGCCUAAGAAAUCCAAGUCGGAGGGUGCAAAGCAGGACCGACACGAUGACAACGGUGCGCCUGCCGACAGCGGGUCUGUUCAACCAGUCGGUAACCCGGAAGGGCGAAGGGACAAGAGCCGGAGAGAAAAGAGGAUCAAAGACGUCUCUGGUGCCGGGUCUGGAGCACAGACCCGUCGACCUACCAAAGGGAAAACGUCGGAGCGUACGACACGUAGUCCCUAGUAACAAAUCAACGGCCGGGACACACAGAUAGUUCGAAUCGUGUGCCGCCCUUGUCAUCUCGUUCCCGGCGUUGCCAGUCCAUAUCACCUCUUGCGUGCUAACGCUGCACAGCUACUAGCGGACGUUGCAGGCUAAGCCUGAUGUUUGGAGUUGCACACGACAAAGUACGCGCUAUGCGUGCUAUCUGGCCUUUUCUGCGCGUUUUUCCGUUUACCUUUCUGUCUUUUGUUAUAUUUUUUCGCUGGGCCGUGUUUAUAAUGGGGCGUUCUUGAUUACCUACGUUAUGCAGGCGCAGUUAACCGAGUGUCGGACCUGGUCGUUAGCGUUGAGUACAAU